AGUGAUCCGCGCGCCUCCACCAGCGCUGCAGUUUGCCGACUUUGCCAGCUUUGCUACUUUUCUGCCGCUGCCGUUGGCUUUGGUUGGCUUGAGCUUGAGUGGCUUGAGUCAAGCCGGUCAGGCAACUCGAUUGACUUGGUUCGUUUUGGUAGGACCUGUAGGACCGGUAGGGCAUAUAACGCUGUGCUUCAGUAACAAAUUAGUAACCCUUCUGUUGUGCGCCUCUCGUUUAAUGAGCAGCGAGAGCCGACGCCGGCGAACGAAGGUUCAACAAAAUAAGGCCGGCGCACUUCGCAGCAGUAAACCAUGCGUUGGUGCAGUCACUGCCUAAAAACCACUUGUGUGCCGUUGCUGAAAUUUCGUCCACAGCUGCCCUUUGGAGUUUGCCGCCAAGCAAGUACCAGGUCAUGGCUGCCGUUCCAAAUGAAAUCUCCCGAAGCCUUCGCUCGCAAGGACGGCCUGAAUCCCACCCAGGAUCGUCUUAUCUACAAUAGUGGAUUGCAGAACUACCUGCUCCUUACCAGCUGCACUUCCUCAGGUGUAGCAUUGGCUGGUAUAAGCUUAGCAACCAUGCUCAGCACUUCAGACCAAGCAACCCAACCCAAGCCAAACAUGGAACUUUCGCCAAUGCAGCAAAGUAUGGCGGAAAUCUUUGAUAGCCCUCUUCAACUGGGUGUGGGGUGUUGUUUUGCAACUGUGUUCAUGCUGUUUGGUGUAUAUCUGGUAUCACACGUUCCCGUGCGCAUUUACUACAGUCCAUCGCAGCAGCUGUUUCGCAUGGUCUUUCAUAGGGCCAUCCCAGGACUGCAGAAAGUAAGGACAUGUCGUCCUGGAGGGCUGGCACCCUUGGGCGGAAAGCGCGAUUCAGUGUCUGUGCAGAUGCUGGGUAAUGUGGUUGAUCGAGACACUAACAGAAGGCUCAUGUUGCUUGAGCACAGGUUCAAAACCAUGGCCUACUACAAUGUGCUGAUGGGCUUUGACAGUGUUGACGCGCUGUCCGAAGGUACGGACACGGACAUAGAGUCGGCACUGUACAGGCGGCACGACAGAUGACUGGUUUUCAUAGCAGAGGAGCACGCUCAUGGACAUUCAUAAGGGGACGGUACAUGUGUUCGGGCUGUUUGAGAGGAGGCAAGCAAUUAAAUGUUGGCCAGUCUUCAUAGGUGCAAUCUUGUGUGCACUUGGAACCAUGAAUGUCCAAGUGCUCAAGUGAUACAGGGCUAUUGACAGAAAUCUGCCUUCGCUGCUAAAAUUGUGCCCCCUAACAGAGCAUGCAAAUGGGACAGCCUGGACUUUAGGGUGGUGCUGCCACGGGUGGUGCUGCCACUUGAACUGACGAGGUCAAGUCCAAUAUGUAUAGCAGUCAGAUAUUUCUGUCAGAAAAUAAAGCCUCUCUUCAUCCCACUUCAA